UUGAAGCUGACAUAUGGACACAGAGGAGAUAUGGACUUUCAAAGAAUAACUGUUUUUAACAAUUAAACAUUUUCCACCAGCACAUCAGCACAAGGAGAGAGAGAGAGAAAAAAGUGUUUCUACUUUUACGCGUCGAUCCGUCGCGGGGAUGUUGAGUUCGGACCGUUAACUUGCAAAAGCUAUCAACUGUUUGACUGAUGCUGGAGUGAAAAAUAACGGCUUUCCACUGCGGGUCCUGGAGCAGGCCAGUUGUGAUGCUGCCAAGUUGAAAAGCUUUGCUGUGUCCAGUGCGGUGGCGACCUCUGCUGGUAAGACUGAGAAGGUCAAGAAGUUCAGGCAGCAUGGGAAACACCCUGGAGGAAGGCAUGAACGCUGUCAUCGUCAACCACUACAACAACUCAGGGAAGUGGGACCCGCUGCGCAGCAGUGGGGUUUGUAAGAAGGCCAUUCUGCUGUUCAUCUGCGUGCUGAUCGUCCUGGAGAACCUGAUGGUCCUUCUCGCUCUCUGGAGGAACAAGCGUUUCCACAGUCGCAUGUAUUUCCUCAUUGGAAACCUGGCGCUGUCAGACAUGCUGGCUGGAGUGGCCUACGUGGUGAACAUCUUCACCUCCGGACGUAAUACCUACUUCCUGACCCCGAUGCAGUGGCUGGCCAGAGAGGGGAGCAUGUUUGUGGCGCUCAGCGCGUCUACGUUCAGCCUUCUGGCCAUCGGCAUUGAGAGACACAUGACGAUGGUGCAUCUGCGUCCAUGUGAGACGGCAAGUCGUUGGAGACUUCUUGGCCUCCUGGCGGCCUGCUGGCUUGUGUCAAUGUUGCUCAGUGCGCUGCCUAGCAUGGGCUGGAACUGCCUGAACAAUCUGCCCUCUUGCUCUACUGUGCUGCCACUCUACGCUAAGAGCUACGUGGCCUUCUGCAUCAGUAUAUUCAGCGCACUGUUGGUGGCCAUCGUCAUUCUCUACAUUAGGAUCUACCGCCUUGUGACGUCUAGUGGGCGCAGGGUCAGCAGUCGGCCUUCAGAGCGCUCGCUGGCAUUGCUGCGAACGGUAGUUAUCGUCCUUGGAGUGUUUGUCAUGUGCUGGGCGCCGCUGUUCCUGCUGCUGCUGCUGGAUGUGGGUUGUAGUAGUCCACACAGCUGCCCUGUGCUCCUCCAGGUGGAGUGGUUCAUCGCUCUGGCUGUGCUCAACUCAGCACUCAACCCUCUGAUUUACACCCUGUCCAGCAGGGAGAUGAGGGCCGCCUUCUUCAGGUUGCUGUGCUGCUGUCAGAGCAGCAUGGAGUCCAUCGGGAGUCCUACAGUGGGAAACCCCCACCUGGGUACUGUUGUCCCCACAGCAGAGAACAGCAAGACUAGUUUCGGUGGAGGAUUGGGCAAGUCCAAAAUGAAUAAAGAGAAAGGUUCCACGCCGAUGAGCUCUGACAACAAGCAUGGCGAUCCCUCCACCACCGCUGUGCCCCACCCCUCUGGACCCGCCGACCUGCUGUCCGCUGUGCUGGUCAAAGCUGGAGCGCUCCCACCACUCAGUAAAUUCUAACUGGACACAUCUUACUGAGGGUUAAAGCAACAAAAAAUUAGGCAGAACUGAUACUGACGACCAAGUGAGGCAUCAUGAAGCAUUUGCAGUUUUUUCCAAACCCACUAGAUGGCAGUCUUUUUUUCAAGAAAAC